CUGUGAGAGAGAAACUUGAUUGCAUAAGAUCGGAAGAUCACACAGUACAUACCCAAAGCGCAGGGUUUCCCCUCUCUCUCUCUCUCCCUAAACCCUAGUGACGCAAGGACAAUCUGAACGCGUUUUACAGUGUUAUUCCUUUUCUUGAUUAACAAUGACAGAAGCAGGUCCAGACUCCAAGGAGGAGGAGAUGUCUUUGAAAGAUAAAGGCAAUGAAUUCUUCAAAGCAGGGAACUACCUCAAAGCCGCUGCUCUCUAUACUCAGGCCAUCAAGCUUGACCCUUCUAAUCCAACUCUUUAUAGCAACCGUGCAGCAGCCUUUUUGCAUUUGGUUAAGCUUAACAAAGCUCUUGCUGAUGCUGAGACGGCAAAAAAAUUGAACCCCCAGUGGGAAAAGGUAUGAUUGCCC